GACCAGAAAAAAAUUUCCCACUACACCUCGGGAAGAAUGUGGUAGGCCGAAUGCCUGACUGCUCUGUAGCCCUGCCAUUUCCAUCCAUCUCCAAACAACAUGCAGUGAUUGAGAUCUUGGCCUGGAACAAGGCCCCUAUUCUCCGAGAUUGUGGAAGCCUCAAUGGUACUCAAGUCCUAAGGCCUCCUAAGGUUCUGAGCCCUGGGGUGAGUCAUCGACUGAGGGACCAGGAAUUGAUUCUCUUUGCUGACUUGCCCUGCCAAUACCAUCGCCUAGGUGUCACCCUGCCCUUUGUCUCUCGGGGUCCUCUAACUGUAGAAGAGACACCCAGGGCACAGGAAGGAUAUCAACCCCAGAGAUUUCCAUUGGCUGAGGACUCAGAAGAAGAAAUGGAUUCUCUUUCUGAAAGGGAUAUGAUGAAAGAAUCAAGGACCACAUCCUCUCCUUUGUCAAUGGUAGUUCCAGAGAGUGAUGAAGAGGGGCCUUCCUCUUCCCCAGGUGGCCAUGGGCCACCUUUUGUCUUCAACUUAGACAGUGACACAGAUGAAGAGGAAGGUCAACAACUAGCAACAGGGGAGGUCUUCACUGCCGGAAGAGGUGCCACUGCAGAAGCAGAGCAGCCUGCAGCUGAUGGAGGUACAACCCAAAUCCAGCUUGAAAAGGAUCAGCUUUCAGUGAAAGUGAGAGACAAUAACACAAACAUUAAAAGGGAUGCAGGAAAUGGAGUGGUUCCAAUGAUUCUGAAGAGGAGCCAACCUUCUGGGGAAGACAGUGAUACAGAUGUGGAUGAUGAGAGCAGACCUCAUGGAAGGCCAGCUGAGGUCCAUUUAGAAAGGGCUCAGCCUUGUGGCAUUAUUGACAGUGAUAGUGAUGUGGAAGAAGAGGGAAUCCUGGCAACCCCAGCUGUAUUUCCUGUGAAGAAGAGGCAAAUGUUCCAUGGAGUUGGUACAAGGGGUACUGGAACACCUGAAUUGGCACAUCUGCGGGAGAGCCAGGCUGGCAGUGAUACAGAUGUAGAGAGGAGUGAGGCUCCACAGGCCAUCCCACUGGAGAAAAGCCAGGCCUCCAUGGUGAUCAACAGUGAUACAGACGAUGAGGAAGAAGUCUCAGCAGCACUCACUUUAGCACGUUUGAAAGAGAGCCAGGUUGUUAUAUGGAACAGAGAUACAAACGUGGAAGAGAAUAGGGCCCAACCUGUGAUCUUUGUGGAGCAAAGCCGAACCUCCAGUGGGAGAGACAGCGACACAGAUGUAGAGGAGGAAGGGCUCCCAGUGGAAGAGAGAGAAACCAUCCCUGAGGGUCACGCAGAAAAAGAUGGAGCCCUUGUUAUAGCACAUUCAGAAGAAAACCAACCUCCUCUUGGGGAUAGUGAUAUAGAUGUAGAAGCCGAUAAGAUCUCACUUGGGAUCCACCUGGAGAGAAGCCAAGCCUCUAGCACAGUGGAUAUCAACACAGAAGUGGAGGAGGAAGACAUUGUAUAUCUAGAGAAGCAUCAGGUGUCUGUGGAGAGGACAUAUCAAACAGAUGUGGUAACAGAGAGGGGGGCUGCAAAGCUGCCUAUGGUACCUCUAGAGGAAGCCCAGCCUCCUCUGAAUGAGGACUAUGAAACAGAUGCAGAGGAAGGCACAUCCUUAUCAGGCUCAGCAGUGGCAGAUGGAAGAAAGAGCCAGCUUCCAGUAGAAGGGGAUGCUGGCACAAAGUGGGCCGCAGUUGUUCCUGAGCAGGAAAGAGCUCUUGAGGUGGGGCCCCAGGGUGGAUCACCUGUGGCACAAGUGGAGCAGGACCUUAUCCCUGUCUCAUGGGAGAACCUCACAGAUCUGGUAGUGGACACAGGCACUCUAAAGGAACCCACCCAGCCCUACAGAGGAUGCCAGACUUUCACAGGAAGAGAGAGAGAACAAUACAUGGGGACAACCAAGGACUUUGAAGACAACCAUGAUGAUUCUGAAGAUCUGGACCUACAAGCUACUCAGUGCUUUGUGGAGAGAGAGAAUCAGAGCCUGGAAGUCCAGAGCAUGGAAGAUGAACCCACACAGGCCUUCCUGUUUAUUCCACCCCAAGAGCCUGACCCUUCCUGUUGCAGCUUCCAGGCCUCAGGUGCCCUAGAUGAGCCAUGGGAGGUCCUGGCUACACAGCCAUUUUGUCAGAGAGAAUCUGAAGCCUCUGAUACCCAGCCCAUUGCCACUCACCUUAAGGCUUAUGGAUCUUGCCUGUCUUCACUUAGGGCAACACCACAAGACCAACAUCCGAAGAGCUCAGUUCACACAGAGCCAUUGGAGAUUCAUGACAAUGGGAUGCAGACUGUGGAUAAAGAUAUGAGUAUACCAAAAGAAACAGCAGGGAGGGUGACCACUAAGAGAGGGCCAUUGAAGCGGAAAACCAAGAAACUGCCACCAAGAGGCAAAAGAGAUGUAACAGGAGAUGAAGAAUUAACCAGAAGGAUACAGGACAGAGAACAAAAACAAUUGUUAGCUAGAGACACGCAGAAACAAGAGUUUGCCAAAAAAGAGAAAAGUACAAGUCCUGAAAGGGAUAAGGAGAGUUUGAAGGUAGAAACUGAGACAUCCAAGGAAAUACAAGAGAAAGAAACAGAGAAACAGAUCUUCACAAGAGAAAUAAAAUUUGAGAGAGAAGUAGAGCAACCAAUACCAGAGGGAGAGUGUGAGCCAACCAAAUCAGAAGUAAGGGUACUCACAGGGAAGCUGGGGAGAGGCACACAGAGAAGGGGGCCGGAGAGAGGGAGCCAGGGCCAGAAACGGCAGGCCUCCUGCCCAACACCAGAGCCUGGAAUGGGAGCAGGGGACCUUCAGGGGCCUGCUUCAGCCUCAGCCCCAAUAGCUUCUGGGAGCCAGUCAAGUGGAGGAAGGGGAGUCCAAGUGAGCCUCAGGAGGCAGCAGAGAGGCCACCUGAAUUGCAAGACACCACCUACUGAGAAGACUUCCUGGGGUGAUCAGGAGUCCCAAGAUGCUUGUCUGCCUCCUGCAGAGACUGAAGCCUUAGCUCCACCCCAAGGCCCCCUUGUCUCUCAGACCCCAAAACAUCUUGCACCUCAGUCCCUUUCUUCUCCUUCUCUACCUUCUCUUGAGCCAUGCAUUCCUAAAACCAGGCAAAAUGAGAGUCAGGAAGCUCCAGAGACCCCCUUGUCCUCAGAGGUGGAACCUUUCCACCCAAAGCCUAAAGUCAGAUCUCGGGGUUUUUCCAGGAUGACACCCUCUCCAGUUUCCUCUACUGCCCCUGAGCCCCACCCUACCACCCCCACAGAUCAGCCUGUCACCCUGGAGCCCAUAUCUCGGGCCAUUCGGAGCAGGACAAAUAGGUCCUCUGUCAAGAACCCUGACCCAGUUGUUCCUUCAGCCUCUGAGCUCCAACCUUCCACUUUCACAUCCCAGCCUGUCACCACAAAGCCCACAUCUUGGGCCACUUGGGGCAGGACAAAUGGAUCCUCUGUCAAGACUUCUGAACCAAUUAUCCCCACAGCCCCUGAGCUCCAGCAUUCCACUUCCACAGACCAGUCUGUCACCCCAAAGCGCACAUCUCGGGGCACUCGGGGCAGGACAAAUAGGUCCUCUGUCAAGACUCCUGAACCAAUUGUCCCCAUAGCCCCUGAGCUCCAGCCUUCCACUUCCACAGCCCAGCUUGUCACCUCAAAGCCCACAUCUCAGGCCACUAGGGGUAAACCAAAUAGAUUCUCUGUUAAAAUUCCAGAACCAUUUGUCCCCACAUCCCCUGAGGUCCAGCCUUCCACCUCCACAGACCAGCCUGUCAACCCAAAGCCCACAUUUCAGGCCACUCAGAGCAGGACAAAUAGGUCCUCUGUCAAGACCCCCGAACCAGUUGUCUCCACAGUGUCUGAGCUCCAGUCUUCCACUUCCACAGACCAACCUGUCACCCCAAAGCACAUAUCUCGGGUCACUCGGAGCAGGACAAAUAGGUCAUCUGUCAAGUACCCUGACCCAAUUGUCCCCAUAGUCCCUGAGCUCCAGACUUCCAUCACCACAGACCAGCCUCUCAACCUCGAGCACAUACCUCGGACCACUCGAGGCAGGACAAAUAAGUCUUCUGUCAAGACUCCUGAACCAAUUGUCCCCAUAGCCCCUGAGCUCCAGCCUUCUACUUCCACAGCCCAGCCUGUCAACCCCAAGCACAUAUCAAGAACCACUCGGGGCAGGACAAACAGGUCCUCUGUCAAGACUCCCAAACCAAUUAUCCCCACACCCCCUGAGCUCCAGCCUUCCACUUCCACAGCCCAGCCUAUCACCCCAAAGCCCACAUCUCAGGCUACUCGAGGCAGAACAAAUACAUUCUCUGUUAAGACCCCUGAACCAGUUGAACCCACAACUCCUAAUCUUGAGCCUCCUAUUCCCACAGACCAACCCAUCACCCCCAGGGUCAUAGCUGAGAGUGGUCAAAGUAGGACACUAAGGUCUUCUACAAUAAGUGCUGUGCCUUUUCCUACCACCCCUGAAUUUCAGUCUUCUGUCACCACAGGCCAGCCUGUUCCCCCUGAGCCUGUUCCUCAAGCCAGUUGCAGAAGACAGAGAGCUGCUGGGAAGCAUGGCUCCCUCACAUCUCCCAUUGUCUGUAAACCUUGCUCUACAUCCCCUGAACCUAAAUCCCGAUCCUCAGGGAACCAAAGAUGGGGAGCAGUGAGAGCAGCUCAGUCCAUUACAACCAUUCCUGAGCCUGCAUUUCCACAGCUGCUUGAGGUACCCCAGAUCCAAGAGGUAGAACCAACAGAUAGAUCUGGGUUCACCCCAGAGACCCAGUUUAAGGUCUCUCAAAGCCGCAAGAGGGCUUUAGCCUCUUCACCCCCACUUCCAAAACGGCCCCAAAGAGGGGAAGUCACCCAGAAGACAGCACUUCUCAAGGAAGAGGCAGAAGGCACCACAGAGAAGCCAGGAAAAGAAGAGGAUGUGAUGCCAGCACCAGGCAAGAGAAAGAGACACCAGGCAGAGGAGGAUCCCAAGGAAGUACCAAGCCGCAGCCUCAGACGGACUAAACCAAACCAAGAAUCAACAGCCCCCAAAGUGCUCUUCACAGGAGUGGUGGAUGCUCGGGGAGAGCGGGCUGUGCUGGCACUCGGGGGAAGUCUGGCCAGCUCAGUGGCAGAAGCUUCUCAUCUGGUCACUGAUCGAAUCCGCCGGACAGUCAAAUUCCUGUGUGCCUUGGGGCGAGGUAUCCCCAUCCUUUCGCUAGACUGGCUGCAUCAGUCCCGCAAGGCUGGUUGCUUCCUGACCCCAGAUGAAUAUCUAGUGGCCGAUCUUGAGCAGGAGAAGAACUUUGGCUUCAGUCUUCAAGAUGCUCUGAGCCGUUCUCGGGAGCGAAGGCUGCUGGAGGGCUAUGAGAUUCAUGUGACCCCUGGAGUCCAGCCACCCCCUCCUCAGAUGGGAGAGAUCAUCAGCUGCUGUGGAGGCACUUUCCUUCCCAGCAUGCCCCGGGCCUAUAAGCCUAAAAGAGUGGUGAUCACAUGCCCCCAGGACUUCCCUCGUUGCUCCAUUCCUUUGAGGGUUGGGCUGCCCCUCCUCUCACCUGAAUUCCUGCUGACAGGUGUGCUGAAGCAGGAAGCCAAGCCAGAGGCCUUUGUCCUUUCUACUUUGGAAAUGUCACCCACCUGAAAACUCCAGUACUUUUUCCUCUCCAAUAAAUAAAGUAUUAGAAAAUAUUUUCGAGAAUGAACUCAGGGCUUUAGAAAAGAUUGGGGUAUACUGAUAUGAUUCCAAGGAACAUGGGUGGGACCAGAAAGGUUUAUGAGUAAACAGAAAGAGAGAGAGAUUGGGAGGCACAGAGUUUUUUAAAUGGCCAUUUUAAAAUUGGCUAAUCCCAUGCUCAGAUAUCUUAAGUGGCUGUUCAUCUUUAGCCAGAUUAAUGUAGUUAUUGCUCCAUGGCACUCAUAGUUUCCGGUCUCUUAUUCAGAUACCAUCUCUCCUUUUUUCCUAAUGGGAUUCUUAUUUAUUCUUGAAAGACAGUAAAAACAACUUCGAGUUCAGGAACUUGAAGGGAUAGAUGCUUGGAGUAAGUGGAUUUGAAGGUAAAGUCAUGGAAUGCAUUUCCAGUAUUUACAAAAUUAGAACUUAGGUUUGACCUCUGUAAUAAAUAAAUAUUCACUCUGUGCCUUACAGUGUAGUGCAGUUUUUUGGUUUUUUUUUUAAUGUCUGGGUCUUGAGACAUGAACUUUAAAAAAAAAUAGUUUAUGGACUUGUAUUUCAUUAUUAUCUUCUAUUUAGGGCAAAUUAUAUACAUUUCUAAAAUUUAAAUUUUAAAAGCUGAUUGAUUACAAGGAUGUGGAGAAACUGGAACUCUUAAACAUUUCUGGUGGAAAAUGGUUAAGCUUCUAUAGUAAAUAGUGAUGGUUCCUCAGAAAGUUAAACAUAGAAUUACCACAUGAUUCAGAAAUUCUUCUCCUAGG